GGCGCUCGGGGCGGUGUCUCGGGCUCAGUGUGGGCGGCGGCAGCGGCCGGGGAUGCGGCGGCGGCAGCGGCUCUUCUUCAUGGCGUCGCCGCAGCUGCCGGGCGCGGCUGGACGGAGGUAGCCGGAGCCGCGCUGAGGCGGCCCGGGCGGGCGGGCGGGCGGGCGAGCGAGCGAGCGAUGGAGGAUCAGGCGGCGCAGGAGGAAGGCGAGUCCGAGAUCCAGGAGCUGCACGGCCCCGAGCACUGGUUCAGCCAGUGGGAGCGGCAGUGCCUGGCCGAGGCCGAGCAGGACGACGGCGGCGGCCUAGGCGGCGGCGGGGGCGGCCCUCUGCCGCCCGAACUGCAGGAUGACGACGAGGCGGCCGCCGCCGCCACCCCGCAGCCGGAGCCCAAGCAGCAGAAGCUCUGGCACCUCUUCCAGAACUCGGCCACCGCCGUGGCGCAGCUCUACAAGGACCGCGUGUGCCAGCAGCCCGGCCUCUCCCUCUGGGUGCCCUUCCAGAACGCGGCCACCGCCGUCACCAACCUCUACAAAGGUGAGCGGGGAUCCCUUGUUUUGUAA